CUGGUUUCUGAUUCUCUGUGUAAUUCAAAACUCUGGUUUCUGAUUCUCUGGGUAAUUCAAAAGUCUGGUUUCUGAUUCUCUGAGUAACUAAAAACUCUGGGUUUUUAUUUUCUGGGUUAUUAGAAAUGCCUGGGUUCUGAUUUUAUGUGUAAAUUAAAACCCCUGGUUUCAAUUCUAUGUGUAAGUGAAAUAGCCCUUUUCUGGAACAUAAGAGUAAGGUAAAUGAGCUCUUUUUUAACCCUAUUGGUAGUGAGAUCAUAGGCUUCUUGAAACAUAUGGGUUAUUUAGUGUGUAAAUACAGUAUAAAUACUGGAGCUUAAGCUCAGGGUAUUGGGAUCACCUCUGAGAAUUCUGAGGAACCCUGGUGUGAUUUUUGAUUCUGAGCUGAAAUGUGAAAAACAAAUAAAGUUUCCAAGAAUCCUUUCCAUAGUAUGAAUUUCUUCCUUGGUUCCUCUGAUUUUCUGUACACACCUGUCUUGUCUUUCCCCUGAUUGGUUCUCAUAUGUAAGUUCUGUGUUUUCCCUCCUUAGUAGAAUUUGUUUCUGAGUAGUUAUUAUCUGAUGUAUUCUGCAUGCUAGAUUCUUGUUUUGUACCCUUUCUAAGUUUCUGGUGGCUUUUUUUUUAUUAUUUAAUUUAUUAUUAUUAUUAUUUAUUUAUUUUUUUAAAUCUUGUGAACAAACCUAAUGAGCCCAAUGAACCUAAUUAUCUGUAAACCAGCUGUAGUAGCAGCUUUAUAGCACAAGAUGUCGCUAUUUUGCCGCUUAGCCAUAGCUCACUUCCGUCUACUGGUGUGUGGGACUCGGUCCAUCAGGUUUCCUAGGGGUCAGCUAACAAUCUUCACUUGAUAUCAUAAAGUAUAGAAACAUUAAUGCGAGGAGAAACUUUACACAUUCAAAACACUUAGAUUAAUUUAUAAUGCAUUCAUUUGUUUAUUUAGGUAAAAUUUCAUCUAAAGAAAAGGCUACAAGCAAGCAUUAAGAAAAUGAUGCCUAAGAAAGAUAACAAUGCUGAUACUAUGAAGUAAGAUAAACCCACCACAUGAGAUAAAAUAUCUAAAUUUUAUUUAUUUUAUUUUAUUUUGUAGAAUAAAUAUUAAUGCUGCAUAUAAAAAGUAAAUUGAGUCAUGGAAAGAGUGAUGAAAUCACUCUUCAAAAAGAAAAAAUGAGACAGUGGUUGUUGUGGUUUCCUGAUAAUCACACUAUAUAACAGAGAGACACUCAGGCAGUGUGAGUGUGUGUGUGUUGUCACUUUGAGGGACUGGUGUGUGUGCAGAAGAAUCAGUAAUGAUGAAGUGCUUGUAUCUUUUGUCUGUUGUGUUUCACGUCGCUGCAGGCUGUUCUCUCUCUGCUGAUAUUCCGACAGAAAUCACAGGACACAAAGGUGGUUCAGUGCUGUUCCCCUGCUCCUGCUCUGACCUGCACACCAAACCUCAGAAAUUCACCUGGGAGAGCUUCAUAAUAGGACGUGCGACAGAAGUGUUAAAUGAUGAACACUACCGUGGCAGACUUCAGCUGUUUAAUCACAUUUCUCCUGCUAAUCUGUCUCUGUUCAUAUCUGACCUGAGAGAAGAGGAUCAGGGAUCCUACAGGUGCAGGACUGAGAAGGAACACAGAGACAUCAGGCUUUAUGUUAAAGGCUGUGAGCUGGUGAAGACAGGGGUAGAGGACGUGACUGUGUUCACAGGAGAGUCUGUAGUUCUGCCCUGCGUCUGCACUGACCUACAGGACAAACCAAAGUCUGUAAAAUGGCAGUUUUCAGUACCAGCAAAUGGAAUCAAUCACUUUCAGGAAAUUUACCCUGAACAGACUGGACAUCACAGAAACAGAGUCAAACUGGUCAGUAACAACGCUCCAGGAAACCUCUCUCUACUCAUAUCAGACCUGACUGAAGAGGACCAGGGACUCUACAGAUGUUCUGUACAGGCUGAUAGCAGAGAUGUCAGAUUAUCUGUUAAAGUAGGAAGAAGAGAAACUUCAACACACUCGAGGAAAACAGACACAUCACCUCCAUCAGAACCACCUCAGAGUAAAACAACAAACUCUCCACCUGCAUCAUCCUCAACAACACUGGAACAAGAUAAACAGCAAACAACCAGCAGCCUCCCUCUAGGAAGAAGAGAAACUUCAACACACUCGAGGAAAACAGACACAACACCUUCAUCAGAACCGCCUCAGAGUAAAACAACAAACUCUCCACCUCCAUCAUCCUCAACAACACUGGAACAAGAUAAACAGCAAACACACAGCAGCCUCCCUCUAGGUGCUAAAACUUUUCAUCAGCAAUGAAAAUUUCGGCGUUCUGGCGGUUUUACUGUUGGUGAUACCUGGAGUAGUGGCAUUUAUUUGUUGGAGACGCAAAGGAGGAAGAUGUGGAGAGAACGUGAUCACUGAAGGACGUCCGGACUGUAAGAGAAAGCAGAAGGAUCAGAGUGAACCUGAUGUUACUUACUCUACUGUAACCCACGUGAACACAGCCGGAGCAGCACGGGUCCAGAUCAACGCUGGAGACAAAACUGAAUAUGCCAGCAUUCUAACAAACUAAUCCACAGUAAAUAUCUAGAAUAAUACUGAAUACAUGCAGUAUAUUAAAUACACACCAUAGUAAGCACAGGAUUCACAGUAUUGGCUUUGUUUAUUUUACUGUGACUUUUUUAUUUUGACCAUUAAUAGCAGAUUUAAUCAUAUUUGUGUGCUGAUGGAUAAUCCUGCAAAUUAUAUUUUGAGUGUGUGUCAUUUAUUAUCAUUUAUUAUUUUGUAUCAUUUGUUUUUUUAUUUACAUUUGUGGCAUUUGGCAGAUGCCCUUAUCCAGAGCGACGUCCAUUUAUCUCAUUUAUACAGCUGAGCAAUUGAGGGUUAAGGGCCUCGCCCAAGAGCCCAACAAUGGUAGCUUGGCAGUGCUGGGGCUUGAACUCCUGACCUUCUGAUCAGUAAUCCAGAGACUUUAACCACUGAGACACCACUUAUAUGUUCUAGAAAUCUUUUGUCAUCACCCUGUUUUGCGUAAGAUGACCGCUAGAAGUUCUUUUGUGACUGUCGUGAGAAAGUCUCUCUGGACUGAAUUUGUGUUUCUAAACUGGUUGUGGUGAAAUUGUUGUGAAAACGGUCCUUAUAGCAUGUUAAAGGGUGCAUGAUAGUGUGCUUGUUGAGUGUGGAGUAUCUCACAGUAUUCUCUGUGCAUUGCACAACUUUCAUUAACUUUGAGAAAGAGGAAGUAGCCAUUUUCCCAUCAGUCCCCACUGCCCUGCCCUGGUCUUGCGAUACCUGUGACAUGCUGAGUGUUUCACAGUGGCUCUGAAGUACCAUGAGAACGCUAGUUAUGCAUCAGUGGUUUUAUGAACUGCUAAUACCUUUCAGAGGCAUGUGUAUGACCUUGCAACAAAGUCAUAAAGUGACAUGAUUGUAAUUUAGCGUCCUGCAGAAUCUUGUAAAGAGGGCCCUUAAAGGACUCUAGCACAUGUGAGGAGGGGAAUUGCUGUUACACCUGCUGUCAGUCCUUAAUAAUGUCUGUCCCUUGUCAGAGUGGCAGUGAACCAGCCUCAUGCUGAUGAAUUGUGCAGCUUGUUCCAAUGUGAGACCAAGUCCUGGAAAUGGACAUCGCGCAUAAACCACUAACAUGAACCGCUGCCAUGAACCAAUCCUGUGGUUGCACGGCAUAGAUUACAUCUGACACCCUUAGCAUUCAGUGUUUUAGUAUGUGCAGAUCUCACUUUGCCUGGAACAUAACAUCCUCUUUUCCAUAAAGAGAAGAAGAGACUAUGGCUUAUAUACAGCAUGGUGCAAUAAUUAAUUUAUUAAUUCGUCUUCAGUAACUGUUUUAUCCUGGUCAGUGUCGUCAUGGAUCCGGACUCUGUCCCAGCAACACUGGGCACCUGGUGGGAGAAUUCAGAUGGGAUGUCAGUCUAUCUCAGGGCACCAUUCACACACACUCACAUCUGGGGGCAAUCUAACAUAGUAAACCUGCAUGUUUUUGGACAGUGGGAGGAAACCGCACACACAACCACAAGGAGGACGUGCAAACAUAUGCACAGACAUUAACAUGAUUUCAUUUUCACCUUUUAACGAUCUAUAAGGAUCUUGUUGAUUGCACAGUCAUGUCUACACUCUUUUAUUUUGUGUUCAUGUCAUAUUCUAAGUCUUCCAGGCAUCUCACCAGGUCUAAACAUUUUUUUAUGUUUUCUUUACAUUAAGUUUCUCGCUCUUCUUGGUUUUGCUUGUGCACACACUUCUUAAAUAAU